GACUAUAAGAUUUUUUUAAUUUUUUUUUUUAUUUUUCAACGAUGGUUCGCAUUUUUUCACCUCACUUUGUCCUGCUACUGAUAACGAUCGUUGGUUCUGUUGCUUUUUGUAAAUCCCUGGUGAGAAAAAGAAGAGAGUGGAUCCUUCCUCCAAGACCUUUGAAAGAAAACGAGGACUACACAAAAAAGGAGUUCAUCGCAAAAAUCCGCUCAGAUUUUGAAGAACACAAGGACAUCAUUUACACUCUGAAGGGAAGAGGAGCAGACCAGGACCCGUACAAUGUUUUCGUCGUCGAUUCCAGAACCGGGUUCAUCAGAGUAACAAGAAUCCUGGACAGAGAGUACAUAGACACCUACAAUCUCUCUGGGAUUGCUACUUUUAUUAAUGGGAGCAAAGCGGAAAACAAAAUUGACAUCCGGGUCAAAGUAGUGGACGAGAACGACAACUCUCCCGUUUUCCCAAGAGACAUGAAACCUGGAGCGGUGUACGAGCGCAGUCCGGCAGGCACUAGUGUGAUAACCGUGAAAGCCACAGAUCUGGACGAACCAGGAAACCCAAACUCUCAGAUGAGCUACAGCCUCGUGAGACAGGAGCCAGCAGACGAUACGUUCUACAUGAAGUCAGACGGGACAAUCUAUGUGAAGAACGACCUUGACAGAGAGACCACGGAUCGUUACGUCCUGACAGUGAAAGCUGUAGAUCGAAAUGGCGACCCAAGAGGCAAUACCGGAACUGGCACGAUUACAAUUAAUAUCAAAGACGUCAAUGACAACCUACCUACUCUGUCGCAAUCUGAGUUUUCGGCCAAAAUUAAGGAGAACACAUAUGGAGUGGAGGUGAUGAGAUUCAAAGCAGAGGAUCGGGAUUUGGUGAAAACGGCAAACUGGGAGACAGAGUAUAUAAUAGCCAGAGGAAACGAGGCUGGGUACUUCAGCAUCAAGACCGACCCAAAGACCAAUGAAGGAAUUCUGUUUCUCGAAAAGGCUGUUGACUAUGAAGACAUAAAAAACCUUGAUCUUGGUGUAAUUUUAAAAAACAAAGCUCCUUUGUUCGACGACUCAGUGGGAUUCACAAACAUUGAUGUAGGUGGAGAAUUAACGUCUACUGGGACAGCUGGCAUUGAUGGAGGCACUGGAGGCACUGGGGGCAUUGGAGGCACUGGAGGCACUGGGGGCAUUGGAGGCACUGGAGGCACUGAGGGCACUGGAGGCACUGGAGGCACUGUAGACAAUGGAGCCACUGGAGCCAGCAGUUUUAGUGGGUUGGAGCAGAUUUAUAACAUGUACACAGUGAAAGUAGCCGUGGAGAACGAGCCAGAGGGACCACGCUUCGAACCCAAAGUCAAAGCCAUCCCCAUUUCAGAGGGAGACACCACCAUCAAAGUAAUGGACACCAUCGGUCACUACCCGGCCAUAGACCAGGAUACGGGCAAACCAGCCAAGAAUGUCAGGUACGUCAAAGGCACAGACACCGGGAACUGGCUCGUCAUCGAUUCAGAGACGGCUGAGAUCAAACUCAACAAACUUCCUGAUAGAGAGUCAACCCUGCUGGUCAAUGGAACAUACUACGCUGAAAUCCUGUGCAUUUCUGAUGACAUGCCGGCUAAAACAGCCACUGGAACCAUCGCCAUCCAGGUGGAGGACUUCAACGACCACUGUCCCACUCUGACCAGCACCGCGCAGACCCUGUGCCUGACCGAUGACGCCAUCCUGAUCAACGCUCAAGACCGGGACGCCUUUCCCAACGGACCGCCAUUCCACUUCACCAUCGUCCCGGAGAACACGCAGGGAAAGUGGCAGGUGCAGCAUCUGAACGACACAGGCCGGAUACUGAGGAGAGAGGAGUCCCUUUGGCCUGGCGUGUAUCAGGUGGAGUUUAUCGUGACUGACCAGCAGGGGAAGUCCUGUCCCGAGCCACAGAGAGUCCAGGUCCAAGUGUGCACGUGUGAGGACGGCUUCAAGUGCGGUAAACGAGGAGGGAGAGGUCAGCCAGAGAAAGAAGUGGAGUUUGGUCCGGCUGGAAUCGGACUGCUGUUCCUGGGACUGCUUUUACUUCUGUUGAUCCCUCUUUUGGCCCUUUUCUGCUUCUGUGGAGGAAUUAUGGGAUCGUCAGGAGCUUUUGCAGAGAUGCCAUUUGAUACUAAAUCUCAUCUCAUCAACUACCACACGGAGGGCCAAGGAGAGAACACGGAGGUUCCACUGAUCAACAUGCAAUCAGAAGUGGGUGGAAAUACGCACACUGGGUAUAAGGGCUGGACCCAGACAACUAAUGAGUUCUACCAGGGCCAAGGAGCCAGUCAGAUGGACGGUACCUGGAAGGAGAUGAGUCAUAUGGAUGGCACGUGGAGCAUGAACCAGAUGGGAGGCAGUGGAUUUCAGUCUGAGUACAUGAGCAGAGAGAGAGAGGGUGGGAUCUUUGACGGCAUGGCUCUACCUUACCACUACCUGGGACAGUACUACAACCAGAAGGCGCAGACCUCUGAUGCUCUGGCUGGGAAGGAAAAUCUCCUGGUGUAUGACUAUGAGGGCCAGGGCUCCUGUGCUGGCUCCUUGGGCUCCUGUGACAAUCUGGCUGUGGACAACGACCUGCACUUCCUCAAUGACCUGGACUUCAAGUUUAAGACUCUGGCUGAAAUCUGUGAAGGCAAGACCCUGGCUGAAGUGAGGGCCCCUGCUCCUCCUACCACCUCCAUCAGCACCUCCAUCAACUCUCACACAGCAGUUUCCAGUGUGUUGGCUCCGGGGCCCCUACCACAACCUGUGCCCAAACCACGUUCCAUUCCCAAAGCAGAGGUCAGCAGCAGCAGCAGCAGUAAGGUGCAAGAGAGCUCUGAGAGCACUCAGACCGUCACAAUCAAAGAUGUCAGCCAGGAGGUGUCCAGGGGCCCGGCCCCUCAGGCCCCUCAAGCUCCUCAGGGCCAGGUGCUGCUCCUGCAGCAGCAGCCUCAGCCUCAGCUCUAUUACACCACGGCUCCAGUUCUACAGCCGAAUCUCUACAUGGUCCAGAAUCCGGUCCAGAACACGGUGCUACUCAGGGAGGCCCCUGGGACCAACGUGCAGAAUGUGAUGCUGGUGAACGGCCCCCAGAGCGUCCCCGCCCAAGGCCUGGUGAUGCAGGGGCAGACUGUGAUGCAGGGCCAGGCUGUGGGGCAGACUCAGGUCCCUGGUAUGGUGCUGGUGGAGAAUGCACACGGGCCAGGGGCCUCUCUCUCCGGCUCUCAGACCAUGGUGCUGGUGGAUGGGAAGGGCCUGUCAGGUGCCAAACAGGUGCUGAAGACCAACCAGAACCUGGUGAAGACAGGACUCUCCGGCUCUCAGACCCUCCUGGUGGUGGGCUCUAAUUCAGCUCAGGGCCAGCAGCCUGGGGCCAAGAGCAGCCUUUCAACUGGACUCUCAGGGUCCCUAAGGACCCUCAACAAGAGCAGCUCUAGUAGCACUGGAAACCUCACAGGAAACACCACGCCCUCUACCUCCAGGAGGGUGGUGAUUCAGGAGACCAGAAAGGUCGUUCAGACAAACCUGUGAGGAUUAAAGUAAAGACUGUGGAUGUACGCUGAUCAAACGUGUUCACUUGUGAAUGUCAGCAGCUUUAUGUUCCCCUUUGCUAACAGCACUGAUGGAAGCGCGGGCCUUAACUAUCAAUGGACUUUACUGCUUAUAAGUUUUGCACUGACUUUUUACCUUUACACUGCACAGGAAAAGAAUGUUUGUUUGUUUAAUGUAAUAUAUGUUUUUAAUUGUUGUUUCAUUCAUGAUGUCAUUGUAAAUAGUUUUUUUUUACUAAUAAAAAUAUGCAUUGUAA